AUGGCUGCCCUGCGCAGGCUGAUCGCUUCAUACACCACCGGCUCCAGAGCAGCAGCGCGGCGGCAGCAGCCGUCCUCUCCUGCGGCCAAGGCGCUCAAAGUGAUCGCGGCCGGAGCGUGCGUCACCGGAGCUGCUUGUUCUUAUUAUUAUUAUUAUUAUUACCGGGGCCCGGUGGUCGGUAGAAGCGCCGGACUGAGGAGCCACGUCGAGGCUCGACUCUCGCAUCUGGUGCUGCCGUCAGUUUCUGCCACCGACAAGGCCAAGAGCUACAGUCUGGAUGAUGGAGACGUGUACAUGUCGUCCUCGGAAAACAGAUUUCGUCUGUUCAGCUCAGUGGAGUACGAUGGCCAGCUCUACAUGACUCCACUCAACUUCAUUGAAUCCGUCACUCUGAACGAACCCAAAAGUAGAAGAGCUUGGAAGUCACUUACUAAAAAGGAAUUAGACAAGAUGUUGGCUGACACUCCGGCUGUUUGGAAAGGAUCUUCCAAUUUGUUUAGGAAUCUUCGUGAACGUGGUGUCAUCAGUUACACAGAGUACCUCUUCCUGCUCUGCAUUUUAACAAAGCCCCAUGCAGGCUUCAGGAUUGCUUUCAACAUGUUUGAUGCCGAUGGGAAUGAGAUGGUGGACAAAAUGGAGUUCUUGGUGCUCGAAGAAAUCUUCCGCAAGAAAAAGGACAGAAAGGAAGUUAGUGAAGACGUGCAAAGGUUGGACCAGAAGAUCCUGCAGCUUUACGGUCAUCGCAAAUCCCAGCCGCACAAUGUUCUUAAAAAAGACAGUCAGCAUGCAGAGGCCCGGGGCAUGUGGGAUGUUCUCAGACGUGGCACGAGUCAAGUUCUGUUUUCUGAUCUCACCGAGGUGGAUGAAAAGACAGAGACGACGCUGCUGGUGCAUUUCUUUGGGAGAAAAGGCAAAGCUGAAUUGAAAUUUGAAGAUUUUUACAAGUUCAUGGACAACCUGCAGACAGAGGUGCUUGAGAUCGAGUUCCUCUCCUACUCCAAAGGCAUGCCCACCAUCAGCGAGGAAGACUUUGCACGGAUCCUCCUACGCUUCACCAACGUGGACGACGUCAGCGGAUACUUGGAGAACGUGCGACACAGCAUGCCGGAUGAAAAGGGAAUCACCUUUGACGAGUUCAGGUCCUUCUUCCAGUUCUUAAACAAUUUGGAGGAUUUUAAAAUCGCCAUGCAGAUGUACAACUUCGCCAACCGUUCCAUUGGUCAAGAGGAGUUUACCCGAGCUGUCUACGUGGCCACGGGCAUCAAGCUGACACGCCAUUUGGUCAACACCGUCUUCAAGAUUUUCGACGAGGAUCACGACGACAAACUCAGCCACCAGGAGUUUAUCGGCGUAAUGAAGGACCGGCUCCAUCGUGGUAAAGGGGGUGUCAGAGUGGAGGAGAAGUUCAUCUCUUUCAAGUCCUGCAUGAAGAGGGAGCUUUCAGGCAAAUAGGUGAAGAUCCCUUCAUCAGCAGCAUGUCUUACAAACUGAAUGACCCUCCACCUCCUCCCUCCUCUCUUACCAGGCAAAAGGGGUUCAUGCAUGCUACAGCAUCUUAAUGCUUUGAGUUAGAGGUUUUCAAGUAAACAGGAAGUGGCACAAACAGGAAGUGGUCAAGCUAAUGUGAAGCUCUUACAAGUGCUCAAACAAACACAAGUGACCCAUAAUGAGAAAUUCAUUUAACUGGUGUGCUGCAGGACUCUAGAUUGCACUAAUUACGGAUGCCUAACCACUGUUUGCCUGUUCUGAACUAUUUAUUGAUUCAUCUACUUGUAAAUAUAUUUAUUGAUUAACAGAUUUCUAACACUGUUUUUACAUAUUUAUCUAAAACCUUACCCUAAAGUCUUAUUACUGCUUUACCAGUGUGUGUUGUUUGUUGGCUCUGCAGCCCCCUGCUCAGAUCAGUUUAGGACAGCAGCACCUCCCUCCCCACUUCAUCCUCCUCCUCCCUGCCCCCCCUCUCCCAAAGCGCUGCAGCUAAAAAUCUUGCAGGAAUCCCUCAGAGCCAGCAGGCCUGAAAGCACGCACCCCGUCUGUGGCGUUUUCCACUCUUUAACUACAGGCAGCUAACAGCGUUAAUCAUUUCUUGGCUAGUAAACACCAGAGCUAUUUUUAUGCCACUGGCAGGGAUGACCUCUUUAUGAAUAUGCAAAAAAAUAUCAAAGCCAUAUGUUUGUUUCCGCUCUCGGGACACUCAGCUUAAAUUAGUGUUGGUUUUAAUGAGCAGUGGAGUAACAUGACCUUCCCUUUAAGCUCUGAGAGGAAGAGUUUACACUUAAUCUUCUUUACACUUGUACUACUGUGUGUUACUGAAGAAUUCUUCAAGACUGUUGUUUCCUGGUGCCGUGUUUGCUUUGGGUGGAAUCCUGUACUGAAAUAGACUGAAGAUAUUAACAUGUUACAGGCUCGAAUAUUAACCUGACUUAUGUAUUUGUAUUUCUGCUGUUCAAAUAUUGAAUGUUCUGAUUAGUUAGUCUACCUCUAGAAGACUUUUGGAAACUUCUCUCCAUGGGUCAUUCUUUUAGAUUAGGGCCUCGAUGGCUGAUGUUACAGCGCAGAAGCAUUUAUGAUGACUUGGUGCAA